CGGUGUUCGGCUGAAGCGUUUAAAACGAAGUUGCGUCGCCGUUCUCGAGUCUGCUAACGUCGGUUUAGGAACAGUCGCUGUCUAUGGGAGAAACGGCAAAAAAUCGAGGACAUCAAGAAGAACAUCAGGGACGCGAUACUGACGAUAACCAGCGCGAUGAGCACGCUAACACCGCCCGUUGCUUUGGAGGACCCGGCGAAUCAGAGCAGAGUCGACUAUAUCCUGGAUGUCUCGUCCUCCACAGACUUCGAUUAUCCCCCGGAGUUCUACGAAAUCGUUGAAACCCUUUGGAAGGACCGGGGCGUGCAGCAGAGUUUCGAGAGGAGUAACGAGUACCAACUAAUCGACUGCGCCAAAUAUUUUCUAGAUAAGGUAGCCAUUGUUAAGCAACCGGAUUACACCCCCACGGAACAGGACAUCCUAAGGUGUCGCGUCCUCACGUCCGGUAUCUUCGAGACGCGGUUUCAAGUCGACAAAGUAAACUUUCACAUGUUCGACGUCGGUGGCCAGAGGGACGAGAGGAGAAAGUGGAUACAGUGCUUCAACGACGUAACGGCAAUCAUAUUCGUAACGGCGUGCAGUAGUUACAACAUGGUACUCAGGGAGGAUCCGACGAAGCUCCGACUCAGAGAGAGUCUCGAUCUCUUCAAAAGCAUUUGGAACAAUCGGUGGCUCCGCACAAUUUCCGUAAUCUUAUUUUUAAAUAAACAGGAUCUAUUAGCGGAAAAGGUAAAAGCAGGCAAGCACAAACUGGAGGACUAUUUCCCGGAGUUCGCGCGAUACCAGACGCCGGUCGAGCCCGGCGUGGUGGCGGACACCUCGGAACCUCCUGAAGUUAUAAGGGCCAAGUACUUCAUUAGGGACGAGUUUCUGCGUAUAAGCACGGCGAGCGGGGACGGCAAGCACUAUUGUUAUCCGCACUUCACAUGCGCCGUCGACACGGAGAACAUCAAGCGGGUAUUCAACGAUUGCCGGGACAUCAUCCAGCGGAUGCACUUGCGCCAGUACGAGCUCUUGUGACUUCGUUCCUGCCGACGUGUCCUGUCACUCGUUCGCAUCAGAGUCACUAUAACAGCCAGCCUCGCGCAGCCGAUCACGCGAGCCGAGCUAGUCGUGCGAUGGAUGAUCUGAGAACGCGCGCGUCGCACCGGUCAGACGCACCGCCGCGGACAAUUUUUCGUAAAACGCCGGGAUAAGGAAGAGAAAUUCGAAUGAGAACAGAAUGUGGGAGAGGACGGGAGAGAAUGAGAAGAGAGCGAAAGAGAGAGAGAGCGAGAGAGAGCGAGAGAGAGAGAGAGAGAGAAAAAGAGAGAAAGAGAAGGAGAGAGAGAGAAAGAGAGACGGCGUCGAAGGAUCCGCGCGCGGAGGGAACGCGCGUCCGAAUACGAUCGAUGAAUUUGAUGACUGCCUGUCGAUCUUGAAUUCUGCCUCGAUCUGGAAUCGGUGCGAUUCCGAGGAGAUACAGAGAACGUUGAUACGUAGCCAGGUCUCCGGGGGUUACGGGGGGGUUAAUAUCUGUCUCGCAACGGAGAACAGCGUCUCUUUUUUGCACAGAAAGAAAAAAAAUACAACAACAACAACAACAUCGCUUUAACUAACGUCAUUUCGGUGUACAAGCAAAUCUUACAUGCCCCUUCGCGCAUUCUACUACAACUACAACUACUACAACUACUACUACUACUACUACUACCUACUACUACUACUACACUACUACUACUACUACUACUACUACUACACUAC